AGGCACUCCGUCCGGACGCCCCGUCAAACAGGACGCCUCCCACCACGCACCGUCGCCGGCGGCUCCUCGUCCGCAUCCUCGCUGAGCCUCUUUUUUAUUUUUCCCCUUCCACACGGGAAAGUAGACCGCACUUUUUUUGACCCCCGCUUCUCCUCGGUUUGUCUGGCGAACCUGUUCGGUUUGCCGCCUCCGCGGCCGCCUGUCAGUGUUCGCUCGCCGGCGGUCGCAUCGAGCCGAGCCGCCGACCAGCUUCACCCGCGAUCGGAGCCUCUCCUCGGUUCUUCUUCUUCGGCGGUGGCGGCUGCUGCUCCCGCGGCUAACCCGCUGCCUCCUCACUUUCACCCCCCUUGCACUGAAUGUCGCGGCUCUCCGCCGCUGCCGGACGGAGUUAGCUAACGCGGAGCGGAACCCCCCUCUCCCGGAACAUAUUUACCAAUGUUUGCCGGUCGCCGUGGUGCUGCUCGACCCCGCCGUCGCUCGCUCAGACCCGGGCUGUUGUUGAUUCUCGCCGCCGGCAGCCGGAGCGGGAGGAAGCGUCUAUUUUCUGACGAGCGUCGGCUGUCAUGAAGACGUAGAGAGACUCCGGAGCCGGGACUUUUUUUCUUCUUCUUCUUCUUAAUUACUGGGGGGGGGGGGGGUUCUUCUUUAAUUUUUUAAAUAUUUUUUCUACAUUUCUACCCUGGCCAAACUUGAAGCAGGCGCGUCUCCCGGGAGGUGUUCACGCCCCCCCGCCGCUGAAGUGCUACGUCUCAGGUGAUAGUGAGCAGAGGCGCUGAGAAGGAUGGAGCAUCUCAGCGAGACGUGUUUGGGCAAGGAGAACUCGGAGCUGGUCAACAGCAUGGCGGAAGCCAAGGCCCCGCCGGCCAAGCUGCCCCGGCUGGAGCAGAACGGCAGCCCGCUGGGGCGGGCCCGACUGGGCAGCAACGGGGCCAAACUGGCGGGGGUCCCGUACAAGCCCAGCGGCCACCUGCUGAAGACCUUCCACAAGAGAGGCAACAUGCUGCCGGUGUUCUGCGUGGUGGAGCACUACGAGAACCCCAUGGACUUCGACAGCAAGGAGGAGCACGCCGAGUUCGUCCUGGUGCGCAAGGACAUGCUGUUCAACCAGCUCAUCGAGAUGGCUCUGCUGUCGCUGGGCUACUCUCACAGCUCCGCCGCCCAGGCCAAAGGUAUGAUUCAGGUGGGGAAGUGGAACCCCGUCCCGCUGUCGUACGUGACGGACGCGCCGGACGCCACAGUGGCCGACAUGCUGCAGGACGUUUACCACGUGGUCACGCUCAAGAUCCAGCUGCACAGUUGUCCUAAGCUGGAGGACCUGCCGCCUGAGCAAUGGAGCCACUCAACAGUAAGAAACGCCCUCAAGGAGUUACUCAAAGACAUGAAUCAGAGCUCUCUGGCUAAAGAAUGUCCUUUAUCACAGAGUAUGAUUUCCUCCAUUGUGAACAGCACUUACUAUGCAAAUGUGUCGGCGGCGAAGUGUCAGGAAUUUGGGCGCUGGUAUAAACAUUUCAAGAAGACAAAAGAUAUGAUGGGCAUGCGCCAACCCUCCCAGCUGGAGGGCUACCUGGGGACGUGUGUUCUCCGUGAGAGCCCGCGUGCCAAUGCACUAGCUGAAAUGGACGGCCUGUCCGACCUCUCCCCUCCCGGCUCCAACCACAACCACCUGGGCUUCUCCCAGCAGCAGCCCAUCCCCGGCAGCACGGCGGAGCAGACCCCUUCCUCGCCGGUUCCCCCUAUGCCCCACGGCCCGCCGCCGCACGGCGGCCAGACGGCGAGCCGACAGCCCCAGCUCCCCGGUCUGCACCACCCGGGCCUGGUGUCCACCCCCAUCAGCCCCCAGCUGGUCAACCAGCAGCUGGUGAUGGCGCAGAUCCUCAACCAGCAGUACGCGGUGAACCGGCUGCUGGCGCAGCAGUCCCUGUCGCAGCAGUACCUGAACCACCCGCCCGUCAACCGCAGCUCCCACAGCAAGCCCAUGGAGCCGCAGGUGGCGUCCAACACGGAGGUCUCCGGCGAGAUCUACCAGUGGGUCCGGGACGAGCUGAAACGGGCCGGCAUCUCGCAGGCCGUCUUUGCUCGGGUGGCUUUCAACAGAACCCAGGGUUUGCUGUCGGAGAUCCUGCGUAAGGAGGAAGACCCCAAGACGGCGUCCCAGUCGCUGCUGGUCAACCUGCGGGCCAUGCAGAACUUCCUGCAGCUCCCAGAGGCCGAGCGCGACCGCAUCUAUCAGGAGGAGAGGGAGCGCAGCCUCACCGCGGCCUCUGCCAUGGGCUCCGCCCCCCUGAUCAGCACGCCGCCCAGCCGGCCUGUACAGCCCCGCCGCGAGGACUGCAACAGCAUCCGACCCGAGGACUGGAAUCCACGCAUCCCUGUGGGCAUUUCACCUGUGAAACCGUCGCCGCUGCCGAGCGAGUGGAACGGCAAGACGGAGAGCUGCAUCCUCAACAUCAACUCCACCAUUUAUGACGAGAUCCAGCAGGAGAUGAAGAGGGCCAAAGUGUCGCAGGCGCUCUUCGCCAAGGUGGCUGCCUCCAAGAGUCAGGGCUGGCUCUGCGAGCUGCUGCGGUGGAAAGAGGAUCCGUCUCCAGAGAACCGGACUCUGUGGGAGAACCUCUCAAUGAUCCGACGCUUCCUGAGCCUGUCUCAAGCCGAGCGCGACGUCAUCUACGAGCAGGAGAGCAGCGCCGGCCAGCAGCACCACGGCGAGCGGCCCACGCACCUCAUCCACCUGUCCGCUGACCCGCUGCAGACUCAGCCCACUCAGACUCAGCAGCACCAGCCCUCUCUGUCCCUCCACCCAUCCCAGCCUCUGCUGUCCCAGCAGCCUUUGCAGCAGCUGCAGCAGGCCACCCCGGGCCCCCGCCUGCCGCCCCGUCAGCCCUCCACAGCCUCCCCGGCUGAGACGGAGGACGAGGGCAGCCGAGGAGGGAGCAUCAAGUCGCGCACCAGCGGGGGGAAGAUCUCCUUGGAGGCUCUGGGGAUCCUGCAGAGCUUCAUCCAGGACGUGGGGCUGUACCCUGACGAGGAGGCGGUCCACACCCUGUCCGCCCAGCUGGACCUGCCCAAGCUCACCAUCAUCAAGUUCUUCCAGAGCCAGCGCUUUUACGUCAAUCAUCCAGCCAAGCUGCCCAAGGAGACCAGCAACAACAACAACAACAACAGCGCCACAGUCAACAACAACAACACAAACGGCAGCGGCAGCAGCAGCAGCAGCCCCGCCUUCGACGAGGAGCUGACGGACUUCAGGGAGAGCGGCGAGCUGCUGAAGGAGCUGGACGAGAGCACGCAGACCAACAGCACCAUCUUCUCCAUCAAGAUCGAGGAACAGCUGAGCCGCGCCGCCGAGGCCGAGGUCAAGGAGUAGACCCCGCCCACCAGCCAAAAAAACUCAUCUGCACACAGAGACUGGCACCUGCGCCGAACGAGGCGCCACGCUCGGCCCACGAAGACGAGCGCGUCCUCCGCCAGAGGAGCGCUCCAGAAACUGACAGGCGAGUUGUCACACUGGAAAAUCCGUGUCGGGUUCAGCGAAACGAGAACUACUUUUCGGAUUUUGUAAAAGUUGUAUUAUUGACUGUAAAGACUGACGCAUCAUUUACGUAAUCUGCACAAAAACCAGUAAUCUGAGUAUGUUGCCGUGAAUAUUUGCCGACUGCACUCGAUGUUUGUUUUACACUGACUGAGCUACUGACCGGGUUCUGAAAGGAGAAGUUCUCCUGGAGUUUGCAGGACUUUAAAAGGUGUUGGUGACAAUUAACUGGAAGGUUUUUUUGGUUUUUUCCUUAUUUGGCAAAAAAAAGGCAAAUGAGAUCAAGGACCAAGCAGUUGUCGAGGCCUUAAUCCUGAGGUGUCGCGUCUGGAGCCUGCUGGCAGAGGAGCAUGCUGGGAUUAUGGUCACUUCAGCCUCAGUCGCUUAUUUAUUAGGGAAGAAAUAUAAAUAUAUAUAAAUACAUAUAUAGACAUUAUAUUGUAACUGUUAAAAAAAGACAUUCUUAAAGAAACUAUGCCAACAAAUGCCUUGUACUAUACGGCACUGCCGACGUUAGAUUAUUUUGCAAAACCUCGGUCACUGUAACUCUGAAAUGCCACACAGUCAGAAAUGUGAUGUUUUUGUUGUCUGACAUUAUUUAUUUGCAGUUUUUAACGUAAAAAAAAAACUUGAUUUAUGACGUUCCUCACUUGGCGCUUUCUCUUUUUUUUUUCUGUUUUUAUUUUAUUUUUUUAAUUCCGCCAACUUGUUUUCUAUUUAUAAACGGAUGGGCGGCAAAAAACGAAAAGUGUCUUAAACGUUUUAAGAAGAAGAAAUGUGCUUUAAAGAUCGCCUCUAAAGUGCUGUGUGUCGAGCGGCUUAUGCUACAAGCUUCACGAUCGAUGUCGUAUGCAAUUUUUACUAUCAUGCAAAUAAGCUUAGGUGAAACGAUUAACCUAUAGGACACCUUAGAGAGAAAAACAUAUGCAAUCUGUGUGAAAAUCGAUGUCUGCGAUGUGUCUUCCUUUGGUCAUCGAUCUCCUGUACAAAAAGUCUUUGUUUUUUUAGGAGUUCAACAAAAAACAAACAAAUCCAAUCAGAAGGGGUCAUCGGUGGUUAAUGACGCACUGAAACUGUUGUUUUUUUCCUUCCGUUUGUGGCAUUAACUCCACCGGACUCCGUCACUCCCACACGGGUCGUAGUGGAGAUCAAAGGCGAGUGGAUCUGUCUGGAACCCGGCUGAGGUCACCGUUUGUAAAGCUGUAAAUAUCCCAUCAUCAUCCCUCCUUCCUGUAAAUAUACUCUCUGGGUUUGGAUUCGGCGCCUCUUCCUCUCAGACGGACUGUACCUGCAGCACCUGUGGAAGCCUGAGGUGAACGGAGGCGAGGCGUGACCACCUGGAGCAGCACAGGUGUGCCGGCGCGGGGGUGAACCCCAGAGGGGGGCAGGUGUGUGCGCACCUUCAGGAUGUUUCUCUCACCUCCAGAAAUGUGCCAGCGCUCCCUCGAUGUUCUCUUUUCUGUUUUUUUUUUAUGAAUAAAAAUCCAGACUGUAACUUUGUGUGUUUGCAAAAAAUAAAAACAUUUUUUUUCUAUCUGAAAGAAAAAUGAUGCACAUGAAAAAAUAAAGAGGCACCGUUUAGCAUCAU